AUGGCGGCGACUUGGUCCCGGGCCCGUGGGCGGCUGGUUCGGUCUUGACCACCGCUGGGGUGGCCGAUGGCGAGCAGCGCUCACGGCAAGGAGGGCUCAGCGCGCAUGUGGAAGGCCCUCACCUUCUUCGUCGCCCUCCCGGGGGUGGGAGUGAGCAUGCUGAACGGCUUCCUGGAGUCGCAGCACGAGCACGAGAGACCCGAGUUCGUGCCCUACCCUCACCUCCGCUUCAGGUCCAAGCCUUUUCCCUGGGGAGAUGGCAACCAUACCCAGUUUCAUCAUCCUCAUGUGAACCCGCUUCCAACUGGCUAUGAAGAAGAAUGACGAGAACAUGGACCACGAUUGGGGCCCACAGCACAGGAUGGGACCAUUAUUUGCAUGUGGACCAGAAAAUGUGCGGGACCCGCAGCUCACCUUUUCUUGUAUCAAAUGAUGACCAAUACAUUGAACUUCCAUCUCUUUGCUUGUGGCGGGAGAUGGCUUAAAUAGAUAACUUCGUCAUGGA